AUGGAAGAUGUGGCUAUUGCAUAUGGCUACAAUAACAUCGAAGAAACAAUUCCGAAGUCAAUGACCAUCGCUAAUCAAGUAUGUGCUUUGUGUGAUCAAAGUCUUACAAGUAGUACUUUACCAGAAAGAACUCCCUUUACAUAUAUUUAAUAGUAAUAGGCCUAAUUGUUGUUUUGUUUUUGUAUAGUUUCCUUUAAAUAAGUUAUGUGAUUUAUUGAAAUCUGAAGUUGUUCAAGCUGGAUAUACAGAAGCGUUGACCUUUGCAUUGGUUAGUUUUUUCCAACUUUCUGCAUAAACUUCUAAAAAUUGAAUUUGAAAUUUAGUUGUUGGCAAACUAAGCGAACAUUAAUGGCCAUUCUAUAAGUGGUACAUAAAAAAAUACUAUCAUCGGCAGUUAAAUAGAUGGUGGUCAACCGACUGUUAUCAACGUAAAAAGUAAAGACUUUUCAUUCUUUGCAUUCCCAUUUUAGUGUUCGCGAGACGAUAUCGCGGAUAAACUAAACAGAAACUUCGAGUCUACGCAAGCAGUGGAAAUAGAUAAUCCGAAGACACUGGAAUUCCAAGUACGACAGAGUUUAAGCCAAGCUCUAUAUACUGUUGGAGAAAUAUUCUUUAUUUAUCUUUAUAUCUGUCUAUCUGAAGUCUCUUUUUUUAUUCAGUUUCAUCUGAUAUUCCGAUGCGUUUGUUUUCUUAGGUUGUAAGAACAACUUUAUUGCCUGGAGUUUUAAAGACAAUCAGUGCUAACAGGAAAAUGCCGCUACCGUUAAAACUUUUUGAAGUUUCUGAUAUUGUUCUUCAAGAUAACAAAAAAGGUGGGUAUGAAUAAUUCACUGGAUUAAUUCAGGUUGUUUAAUCGAUUGCCAUGGUAUUUAGUGAUGGUGUCUUUUGUUUUAAAAAGAUGUUGGGGCCAGAAAUCAUCGACGAAUUUGUGCAGUGAACUAUAACAAAACUCCUGGUUUCGAGGUAACUUUAUUUUGGAAAUCCUAUGAAAUUUCUUUUUCAUUUUUAUUCACAAUAAUCAUGAUAAUAUUGAUGAUUUUUUGUAGGUAGUCCAUGGGCUCCUAGACCGAAUAAUGCAACUGUUGGAAGUUAAGCCGGCUAAAGAUAAGUCAGAAAAUGAUCCCGGUUAUUACAUUAAGGCAAUUGAAGGUAAGAGGAACGAUUAUUAAACACACAAGCAGAAAUGUAUCCAGACAAAUCCAGAAACAUAUUUUGUUUGAUUUCCUACAGUGAAACAUUGUUUCCUGGUUCGCCCACCUAAUGUUUUGCAGCCUAGUUUGCUCAGAGAAUUGCCAAAAGCUUAAAUUCUCUCAAAAAUUGUGAUUGUAGACGUAGUAUUAUGGUAAAUUGAAGAAAGCAAAUAAUUUUAUUUUUAAUUUAUUUUCUAUAGAUCCUGCGUUCUUCCCAGGACGCUGUGCUGAAGUGAUCUGCUCCGGCAGGUCGAUUGGUGUGAUGGGCGUCCUGCAUCCUACAGUCCUCAGCAAAUUUGAACUGAAUAAUCCUUGUGCUGCAUUGGAAAUUGACUUAGAACAAUUUCUAUAA